UUUGUAGUUACUUUAAUAAUUUGGACGAAAUAAUAAUGGCAAGUGAUUUGCGUCUUGAUGCUUGUCUAGAUUUGAUGAGAAGGUUGCCCCCACAAGGAUGUGAAAAACAUUUGAGUGAUCUUGUUGCUUUGGCGCCUGAACUUUGUGAUUCUCUUCUUCAAGCUGUUGAUCAGCCUUUGAAAGUAGCUAAAGAUAAAACAACUGGUCGCGAGUAUUUAUUAUGCGACUACAAUCGAGAUAGUGACAGUUAUAGAUCUCCAUGGACUAAUACUUAUGAUCCUCCUUUAGAAGAUGGAAUUAUGCCUUCAGAUAAAUUGCGAAAACUUGAAAUUGAAGUUAAUGCUGCAUUUGAGGCUUACAGAGACAUGUAUUUUGAGGGAGGCGUUUCUAGUGUUUAUUUUUGGGAUAUUGAUAAUGGAUUUGCUGGUGUUGUUUUGUUAAAAAAGGAGACUGAUGGUGCUAUAAAUGCUAAAGAAGAUGUAAAAGGUUGUUGGGACUCUAUUCAUGUUGUGGAAUGUAACGAGAGAAAGUCAUCUAAACAUGUGAAAUAUAAAUUGACUAGCACUGUAAUGCUUUGGCUUCAAACACAAAAUGUAGCAACUACAGGGACUAUGAAUUUGGGUGGGUCUUUGACACGUCAAACAGAGCAAGAUGUCGUUAUUGGUGAACAAAGUCCUCAUUUGGCAAAUAUUGGAAAAAUGAUUGAGGACCAAGAAAAUAAAAUGAGAGCAAUAUUAAAUGAAGUUUAUUUUGGAAAAGCUCGACAAAUUGUUGGUGAAUUACGUUCUGUUGAGAGCACAACAGAAAUUAAAAGUCGAGAUGAAUUGGUUGAUGAUAUUAAACGAGCAGUUGCAAGUAAAAAAGGAAAAGAUGAAGUAUAA